GCCAAGACCGUCACGAUUGUUGUUUUGGGUGAUUUGGGUAGAAGUCCAAGAAUGAUGAGACAUGCUGUUUCAUUUGCCGAUCACGAUUGGUCGGUCAACAUCUUGGCAUAUCCCGGUACUACUCUUCCGAAAAAACUGACAGAACAUCUCAAGAUUCGAAUCUUGCCUUUAUCUGAACCACCACGAUUCAUUUCGGAUGAUCUUCCAAGACGACUUUUCGUGUUGAUUGGUGGUCCUUUGAAAGCAAUUUACUUGAGCUUAAACUUAUUAUAUUCACUUUUGCUUCAUGCUCAAGACUCUAGUUAUGUGAUGGUACAAAAUCCACCAGCUAUUCCUACAUUACCAAUGGUUCAACUUGCGCGACUUGUACUUGGGUUCAAGUUGAUCAUAGAUUGGCAUAAUACUGCUUACUCCAUCCUCGCACUUAAAGUCGGAUCCGAUCGUCAUCCUAUGGUCCGAGUUGCCGAAUUGAUUGAAAAAACGUUUGGUAGAAUAGCACAUUUGCAUCUCUUUGUCACUGAAGCUGAACGUGUAUAUCUUUCCAAAACUUGGCAGCUUCAAGGAAAGACUCAUGUCUUUUACGAUCGACCUCCACUUGAUUUUUGCCGACUAACCGUUGAUGAAAUCCAUCAAUUAUGGGAGCGCCUUCCGCUGAGUAAAGACCCGGCCGUACUCUCCACAUUCUAUCCCUCCCAUCACAUCUCAUCACAUGAAACACUCGUGUCUAUGAAACCAACAGAUACCUCAGCUCAUCUCAAGCCCAAUCGACCAGCGCUAAUCGUGUCAUCCACAUCCUGGACCCAUGAUGAAGAUUUCAGUAUCCUCAUCAACGCUUUAUCCAUCUACACGAAAUCCAAGAAAGACAACCCAAACCUACCAAGCCUACUUUGUCUGAUCACCGGCAAAGGCCCAUUGAAAGAGUUUUAUCGUCAAGAAAUUGCAAAACGAGAUAAAGAUGAGAAAUGGGGAUCACAGGCGGUGAAGUGUGAAUUGGUUUGGUUAGAUGAUGUAGAUGAUUAUAAAAGGUUGUUAGGAUCUUGUGAUCUAGGUAUUAGUUUACAUCAGAGUAGUUCAGGAUUAGAUCUGCCUAUGAAAGUAGUAGAUAUGUUUGGUUGUGGAUUACCGGUCUGUGCUCGGAAUUUUGCGUGUAUAUCGGAAUUGGUGAAGCACAACAAGAACGGUUUGGUAUUCGAUACAGAAGCAGAACUAGCUUCUCAGCUCGAGAGUUUGUUGUCUGGGUUUCCAGAUAAUCAGUUAGAAGAUUGUCAAUUGAACAAACUCAGAGAUGGGAUUAAUUCCAACACUUAUGGAGUCAAUAAGAGAGCUUGGUCAAACUGGGAUGAAGAAUGGGAACAAAACGUACUU